AAUUACUUCCGGAUUCAGGAAGCAAUCGGCUGAAGCUGACAAAAGCUUGUGAAACAGAUGACAAUGAGAUGUGAUGAUUGAAACCUGUUACCAUGGUGAACACACCAAUACCACACAGCCUGCGGUCCGAGGCAAAGAAAGCAGCCAAAAUAUUACGUAGUUUUACUGUUCCAUCAGCAAAUAUUGGCCCAGAUAAACUCAUUCCAGCUGGUAUCCUGCUGAAGGCUAAGGGUCUGGCCAUCCUGACUGUGGUAAAGGCUGGGUUCCUGGUCACAGCGCGGGGAGGAAGUGGCAUUGUCAUUGCUAAGGUCGGAGAUGACCUGGACGCAGAAUGGUCAGCACCGUCGGCCCUGGGUAUAGCUGGCCUCGGCGGGGGAUUUGAAGUUGGUGCUGAGGUCACCGACUUUGUCAUCAUCCUCAACUCACGUACAUCUGUUGAUGCUUUCUCCAAGGGAGGUAAUUUGACCCUUGGAGGUAAUUUCUCAAUAGCAGCUGGACCACUAGGGCGUAACCUUGAGGCGGACAUAGCUCUUAGGAGCCCGGCAGCUAUCUACACCUACUCCAAAACAAAGGGACUGUUCGCUGGCAUUUCCAUAGAAGGAAGUGCACUUAUCGAGAGGAAAGAUGCCAAUAAAAAAUUUUAUAAACAGGAUGUCCGGGCUUACCAGAUCCUGUCGGGUGAAUUUCCUCGUCCAGAUGAAUGCAGCGCACUGUACGAAACGCUUGAGAUGCACAGGAAGCGGGCUGAGAAACAGAUGAUAGAUCUUGCUAAAAAGAUGGCCACCAAACAAGCUCAUAGCAUGGGAGAGAAACUCAAGGAACGUUUCUCUAGCACAAGAAGAGAGAAGCCCGAAUCUCCGAGACCUCGAUCACAUUCUGACUAUGGUUUACAUGGUUCUGAUAAUCCUAUGUCUAAGUACAGCUUUGCCCGCGUCAUAUCAGAUAGCAGUGACGAGGAUGUCUCUGAUCCAAACGAUCGGUACAGUCUGCCCAAGUCUCGAUCUAGACACAGUGUUGGUGAGGGCGACUAUACAGAGUCUAAGUACAGCCUGCCAAAAUCAUCUGACCCUAUGGACAAAUACAGCAUGCCCCAGUCAAGGUCAAGGUCGCAGUAUAACCUCUAUGGUGGUUCUGAACUCUCCAGUCUUGACCCCAUGUCUAAGUUUGACACUCCAUCUGUUAUGCCUCGAGCACAGUCCUGUCGAUCUGUUCAUACAGUUACCCAGCACACGUCGUCCACAGGAGGGUCAAGGACAGUUGUAAAACGCACAGUCCAGAGUCGCACCACUCGGACUUCUGUGACAGGAUCUAAAAGCCCAGAUGACCCUUGGGGAAAAGUGGAAGUUACUCCAAGAAAGGCCAUUGCCAGUUUUGCAUAUGAAGCACAGCUUCCUUGUGACAUUUCCUUCAGAAAAGGAGAGGAAAUCCUCAUUUUAACUCAGACACAGUCUACCAAUGACUGGUGGGAAGGAACGUGUAGGGGGCGUACUGGACUAUUCCCAGCCAACUACAUCACGAUCAAGUAACUGGAGCGGACUGGGCUCUUCCCAGCCGACUACAUCACGAUCAAGUAACUAGAGCGGACUGGGCUCUUCCCAGCCAACUACAUCACGAUCAAGUAACUGGAGCGGACUGGGCUCUUCCCAGCCAACAACAUCACGAUCAAGUAACUAGAGCGGACUGGGCCGUUCCCCGCCAACUACAUCACGGUCGAGUAUCAGUACGUAAAUUCAUACCGUUUUAAUGCUGGGAAGUACUGCGAUGUUCCCCGCCAACUACAUUACAGUCAAUUAGUAACAGUACGAACAACAAUACUAUUUACAUGUAAGGGCAGACUGGACUUUUCUCCUCCAACUACAUCAUCAGUGCAUUCUGAUCUGAGUUACUUCCCUUUGUUCCACCUGAUAGCAAUACAUUUACUAGGAUGGUCCCUUCCAUUAUCCUAUAUCUACAUGUAUUGGUUGUCCACUUCUUCAUUGUGAUACAUUCCAUAUGUGCUUUCAAAUAUAAUGUUUGUAUUCUGUUUAAUGAAUAAUCAGUUUGAUAUUACAAAUUUUAUAUACUAGAUUGGAGGGAAGUGUAUUUGAACCUAUCCUCAUUUUCAGAUGUUUGGAUAUGUGUUAUAGACUUGAACUUGUCUAAACGGAAUACAAAUUUAACAUUUGUGAAAUUCCUUCAAAUUGUGAUAAAGCAUUUAAUAUGUGCCUUCUUACAUGUUUUAUUUUACAAUACAAUGUAGACAUCAGACUUUUCUAUCUGGUGUAUUAAAUACAUUAUAGGGAUGCCAUGGGUUGUCUCCCUUAUGUAUUUAAUGGUUUUUAUCAUGGAUGGAUUUUCGUCCGUUGUAUUUUUUCACAUAAAUUUUGGCCGUUAUCACUUGAAUGUAUAAAAUGUUAUGAUGUCUAUAUUCCACUAAUGAUAUUAUAUUCACUGAUAAUAAUGCUUCAGAAAUAAUCAUAACUACAAUAUACAAAAUAACCUUACAAAGUAAAAUCCAUUGGAUCAUUUAGUAUUUGUAUAUUAAUAGCCCCUAAAACUGGGGGACUAUACAAUAUGUUAUUAAUCCCCU